AUGGCCGCCGCGGAGGGGAGCUUGGUCCCGGAGGGCCGGGCCAGCCUGGCCGCCUUCCUGCUCGGGGCGUCGGUGGCGGCGCUGCCGCUGCUGCUCUCGGCGCCCCCCGCGCUGCUGGCCGGGCCCGGGCUCCAGGGCCGCGCGGCGCUGGCUCUGCACGUGGCGGGGAUCAACGCGCUGCUGCUGCUGCUCUACCGGCCGCCGCUCUACCGGAUCGCGAUCCGUGCCUGCUUCCUGGGCUUUGCCUUCGGGUGUGGUUUGCUGCUGAGUUUUGGACAAUCAUCAUGGAAGCACUUUGGCUGGUAUAUGUGUUCCUUGUCACUGUUCCAUUAUUCUGAGUAUUUGGUGACAGCGAUCAAUAAUCCCAGAAGUUUGUCCUUGGACUCUUUCCUCCUAAACCACAGUUUUGAGUAUACUCUAGCUGCUCUCUCUUCUUGGAUAGAGUUCACAGUUGAAAAAAUCAUUUAUCCAGAAAUGAAGCACAUCACCUGGCUCAGUACAGUAGGGUUAUUGAUGGUGAUCUUUGGGGAUUGUCUGAGGAAAGCUGCCAUGCUCACAGCUGGCUCCAACUUCAACCAUAUUGUUCAGAAUGAGAAAUCGGAUACUCAUACUUUGGUGACAAGUGGGGUGUAUGGGUGGUUCCGGCACCCGUCUUACGUGGGAUGGUUUUACUGGAGUAUUGGAACACAGGUUUUACUCUGUAAUCCCGUCUGUGUUGUUGGCUACACUUUAGCAUCCUGGAGAUUCUUCAGAGAGCGAAUAGAAGAGGAGGAGUAUACGUUAAUUCACUUCUUUGGAGCGGAGUACCUGGAGUAUAAAAAGAAAGUGCCAUCAGGUCUGCCUUUUAUCAAGGGAGUUAAAGUGGAACUGUAACACGUGAAAAAUCAGACUGACUGAGCGAACACCCAGCUCCAGGCAUCAUAUGGAAAGGAACUAUGCAUAGCACUAUAUCAUGACACGCUCUAGGAGUAGCCAGUCUCUGUUUACUGGUCAUCCACUGGAAACUCAUUAAAGGCUAGGCAGCUGGAACACCUUGCAAAUAAACUAGAAGCUCAGUCAAGAUAGGAGUCCUUCCUAGAUGCAUGGAGGGAUCUUCUGGAUUAUUUAAUCUAUGGUGAUCCUAAAAUGAAGCAUAAUGCUGGUGAAAAGAUGGCGCACUCUACCUACAACAGCUGAGUUGUACUGAAAUGUGUUAACAGAUUCUGUUGAACGAGCUAUGCAUUUCCUAGUAACUACCAUUGCACUAGAAGGGUGCUUGUUGGAAGCUCAUAUUUCUAUGGUGAAACUUUAAAAUUAAAGCUUUUUGCCCGUAAAAAAGCUUAACAGCACAGCUUUAACCUCUCUGGACCUGACUCCACAAGCCUGCAGUGUGUGGAACUCCCACUGAAGUCAGUGUGGUAAUACCCUGCUUGGAGGGCUUUCAGAACCCAGCCCUUUAUUUCUGUCUUUUAAAUGCAUGAAUUUACAUACCGUUUUGGGGAUAUGCUUACCUGAAAGACUGGCAGUGCGGCACAAAGCACUGUCUCCUAAUAUAAUGUUAAUGGGGGCUCUUUCAAUAUUCAAACUUUCUUAAAUCACAAAUAAUCUUUCAUUAAACAUCAUGAAAGCUCAGAUUGAAAACUUAACUCAAUUGUUGUGUCCAUCAGUUACCUAGUGCCAUGAAUUUAAGUUUCAUUAUCAUGUUGUCAUUUUCCCAUAGCCCUCUUGGCAAGAGUCUGUCCUGUCAAAUUGUAAACUUGCUUCU